AUGGCGACGGCAAAGAAGAUUCAGUUGUCGACGGCCGACUCGGGCAUUUUCAGCGUGGCACUGAGCGAGGACUCGGCGCGCGCAGCGAGUGAGGUGCUGCAGGAAGAUCUGGAGAAGCACCAUGCGUUCUUCAACGAGAGGGGAUUCCAUAAUCAUAUUGUUCACCAUAUUCUGACGAUCUAUGCGCUUGGUGCGACGCCGGAUGAGAUCAGGGCUGCUUAUGAUCGGGAUAAGACGUACCAGAGGCCUGUCAUGCCGACCACCCUGAGUGUUGUUGAGUCGUUGCAUGACAAGACCCGGUUCCAGCAGUACCUCGGCAAAGAAGAGAAUUAUCCCAAUUACUUGGCUUUCUUUCAGCAGGAGAUCGAGAGGAGAGGUGCGGCGGAUGUGCUUAACGAGUAUCUGUUUUCAGGGAGUGAGUGUGCCGAGAGUAUGCUUUCGCGGCUGUUUGGUGGACUCCUUCAUCCGCUGAUUCACCUUGGGUUCGGGCUUGAGUUCGACCAGCCCGCAAUUAUCGCUGAGGGUCUCGCACAGACCGCAGUCCAUGAGGAUUGGAUCGGUCUGUCAUACCUCCUGCCGGUAGAGAAGGCCGCAGGAGGGAUCGGCAAGCCGGGGAAGAAAACGAUGCUGCAAAUCUUGAACGAAACGCGCGCUGAUAGAAAACUGGCCGAAUCCGUCAAAUGGGAAGAUGGGAACAAGAUCAGAGACGGUGUUUUGAAGCGGGCGCCAGAUGAGAUGAUUAAGUACGCAGCACAAUUCUCCGUCUCCGCCGAGCAAAUGGAGGAAAAACUUGCUGAAGUUCUCAAUGUCGUCGCUUACUUUACAGGUGCCGCUCAGCAUCCGCCAAAGCAGAUCAAGCUUGAUUUCUUCCUUAUGCACUGCGUGACUUCAUCGAUAUUCUUUUCCAAGAUCAUCACUCUUCCAUAUCUGGAUACGCGCACCAAGCUUCGUCUGCUUGAGUGGAAAGGCCGCGUAGAUCUGGCGUUCUACGUAUCCCGAGGAGCUCCCGAGCUGCUACUGGACGAAGUGACUACAUACGAAACUCCGAACGACUGGGAGACAAUCUUCCAUGUGAGCAGUGUGAACCCGCGCGACGACGGUCAUUUGUCCAAGCUGGUAAGAGCUCUGGCAAAUGGGGAGAAAGCCUGUCGUCCAUUUGAGGCUCGAGCAGAGGAGCUAGGGCUUCUGAUCACCGGUGAUAUGUGGCUCAAGAUUGCAAACAUGGCUAUCGGUUCAACCAAAGCCGAUCAGGUGGAAACAAUGUGGGUUCGCUCGACAGGGUUCGAAGAGGCAUGGAAGGAUUUCCAUGAUCGACCUCACCUAUGA